AUGCAUACGGUACCAAUUACUGCUUAGCUGAAUGGUAGAAUUGCAUAUAUUUAGAACAGGAGUGUUAUAAAAUUAUUAAAUGUGAGCAAAUAACUCAAUAGAAAUAAUGUUACAAAUUUUCAUAUGCCUGCAUAUGGCAAAUGGGUAGAUGUUAAUAAUUAUAUUGUAAUCAGAUCUAAACUGAAUAAGACUGUAAAUAUACAUUUCCAAGUUUGUACAUGAAUGUUGCUUAAAUAUGUGUAUGGUAAAAUGGAAAAUGUAAGGAUUUAAAUGAAUCAAAUAAUUUAGAUUCUGAAUAAUGUUUAUAAAACACAUUAGAUACCUAUAAAUGGACUGGAUCAAGCUGUGUAUCGUGUUUUGAAGUGAAUUGGUAAUUAUAAUUUUCUCUUCAACUUCCAAAUUAAUGUAAUUGCUCUUAGUUACAAGCUGAGUACACUUGCUUAUAAAAAUCUUCUUGUAUUUGGUCUAAUUCAUAUUGUUAAUCUAUAGAAUGCUCAAGCAUAAUGAGAUAAUUUUAAUGUGCUUCUAAUCCUUAUUGUGUUUGGCUUAAAGGAUAAUGCUAAAUGUUUAAAUCUUGCACAGAAUUAAAAGGAACAAAUUAAUCAGAUUGCAUUGUAUUAAGUAUUAAUUGUCCUGCAAGUGAUGGAAUAAAUUGUCUCGAUAGCAAAUUAUUAUUACCUUGUUCAGCUUAUAAAUCUUAGAGUUCAUGUACUAAUAUGUUAGGAAGAGAUGGAUUCUGUAUUUGGUAAUAUAGUACUUGUCAAGUAUUGAGGAAUUGUUAAUAAAUAAAUAAAUAACAAGAUUGCUAGUAUUUUACAAAAUAGUGCUAUUGGAGUACUAGUUGUUAACCAGUUAGUUGCUCAAUAUUCAACACUCCUAAUACUUGUUAAUAUUACUAUUAAUCAAUCAAUUCUUAUACUCCAGUCUCCUGUUAUUGGGUUUUUGGCCAAGGAAUUUGUGCCUAAACAACUGAUUUUAUGAAAUAGUUAACUCCUGCAACUUGCUAAACUAAUACUAAUUUAACAGCUACAUGGAGUAAUACUUUAAAAAUUUGUUUGAGUUGUCUAAUUCCUUCUCCACCCAAUCCAAAACAAUGUUCUUGUUCUUAAUUAAUAUCUUAAUAAAAUUGCUUAUAAAGUUAGUAAUGCUUUUGGAAUAUUGAAAUAAAUUAAUGUUUACAAUUACCAUGCGAUAAAUUGAAUCAAUAAUAAUGUAUUCAGAACUCUAAAUGUUGGUGGAAAUUUACAAUGUAAGCCUGCGAAUAAUUGACUUCAUGUAGUGAUCUAUAUGCUGGUUCUGAUUUUGAAUGCAUUUCUUAAUCACUAUUUUGCCCUUUGUAAAAUAAAGAUGAUCCUCCUUAUUUUAAAUGUGAAUCAUAUUCUUAAAUAAACUUUACAAAUUGUGAAGAUCUAAAUUAAACAUAAUGCAAUUAAUAUGUGAUGCCACCAUACUAUAUAUGCUAAUGGAAUAACUAUUUAGGUAAGUGUUAAUAUUAGUCUUAUUGCAAUUAACUAGGUAAUCCAAAAUUAUGCUAUAGCAAUCCUUUUUGCUAUUAUUAAGAUGGAUGUAAGUCUAAAACAUGUGAACAAUUUAAUACUUUAGAAUCAUGUAAGUUUUCCAUUAAUCCAAAUAAUUGGAAUUAUAUAUAAUCAUGUGCAUGGCUAAAUGGAUCUUGUAUUUCUGCUGAUAAUCUAUUUUCUGAAUAAAAUUGCUACAUUAAUUCUGAUUAUACUGCUAGAUGGAGUACUAAUGUAAAAGAUGGUUUUUGUAUUCCUUGUAAUAUUUCAUUUUAAUAAUCAAUCACUCCAAAAAAUUAAUGUUUGUGUUCUUAACUAUUAACUCAAUAUGAAUGUAAUUUGUCCUCAUGUUAUUGGUAAAAUGGAUUUUGUAUUGAUAAUAAUUAUGAUUGUAAUUAGUCAAAUUAGAUUGAUUGUAUAUAAAAAGCUUAUUGCUAUUGGAUUUAUUAGAAAGAAUUACCAUAUGGAGGAUAUUGUAAUAAUAUUCCUUAACUAUAAAUAUAAUAAUUUUGCACAAGACUAAAAGGAAGUAAUUCUUUAGAGUGCCUAUCGUAAACAACACUUUGUCCAGUUUCUAUAGAUGGAAUUUGCUAAGAUAGAACAUAUCUUUAAACUUGUUAAAGCAAAAAUUCUAUAUAAUUGUGUGCUAACAGCAUUGGAUAAGAGGGAUAUUGUACUUAUUAAAACUAAUCUUGUUAAAUAUUAACAAAUUGCACUCAAUUAAAAACUAUUAGUGAGUGUUUUUUAUUUGAUAAAAUAUGUGUAUGGAAUGCAAGUUCUGGUAGUUGUUCCUAACUUUUUUGUUCUUCCUAUACAACUUAAGAUUCAUGUACAUAUAUUUUUUAGAAUAUCAACAAAUCUAACAUAUAAAUUUGUGUUUGGAAUACUACUACUAAUUUAUGUACCACAGCUACUUAUAUCAUUGAAAAGUCAUUUCAAGAUUGUUAUCAAACAUCUGGUGGUACUUAUCAUUGGAGUAACACUUUAGAAACAAUUGGUACUUGCGUUUCAUGUUCAUUAAAUAAGAUUUAACCAAAACAUACCUGUUCAUGUACAGAAUUGAAUAAAUUUGAAUGUGAAAUAUCUAAACCAGUUUGUAAAUUAAAUGAGAGCAAUUAAUGUGUAAAAUUAUAAUGUUCUGAAAUAUUAGAUUCAGUUUAUUGUUCUUAAUAGAAUGAAUGUAUGUGGAAUUUAAAUUAAUGUGUAGUCUUUACUAAAUGCACCGAUUUAAAAGGUUCUAGUACUUUGGAUUGCAUUGCUUAAUCAAUUGAAUGUUAAUAUAUUUAAAAUGGAAUAUGUUAAUCAACAUAAAGUUUGCAUUCAUGUGAUAAGUAUGAAACUUAAGAAUGUACUUUUGGAAUAUAAGGAUCAGAUGGCCUUUGUUAUUGGAACUCUUUAAUAAAUUUAUGUUCAGUUAUUUCUUCUUGCGACGAUAUUACUAAUUAGUUAGUUUGCUCAAGUUUGACCCCUGCAUGCUAAUGGAGUUACUUUUUUUAAUCUUGUGUUCCAUUUUAAUGUCAAGAUCAUAAUUAUAAAGAUUAAUGCACAAAUGUCUUGGUUAAUCUUAAUGAUCCUCAAAUAGAAUUAUGUGUGUGGUAAAAUAAUAAAUGUGUACCGUAUGUAGACUCUUUUUAUAAGUUAGAUGAUGAUAUUUGUUACACCAAUUCUGAUCACACAUACAGAUGGGUAAAAGAAGAUAAACAUGGCACUAGAUGUAAGCAAUGUCUCAAGUCAUCAUUGAUAAACAUCAUAGCAAUAAUAAUAAUAUUGAAUAUAUUAUGA